AUGGACCGAAACAAAGCCGAACAGAGCAAGUUAGUUGAGCCAAAGAGAGCCAAAGAGAACCAAAGAGAGCCAAAGAGAGCCAAAGAGAGCCAAAGAGAGCCAAAGAGAGCCAAAGAGAGCCAAAGAGAGCCAAAGAGAGCCAAAGAGAGCCAAAGAGAGCCAAAGAGAGACAAAGAGAGCCAAAGAGAGCCAAAGAGAGCCAAAGAGAGCCAAAGAGAGCCAAAGAGAGCCAAAGAGAGCCAAAGAGAGCCAAAGAGAGCCAAAGAGAGCCAAAGAGAGCCAAAGAGAACCAAAGAUCCGAAUGGAGCUAAAAUGAAUUGA